GCGCGCGCGUAUAUCGGAGAGUGUACGUCGGUGUAUAGUGUACGCGAGAGAGUCGGUGCGCCUCUCGGCCGUGGGCACAAAUCGCGAGUAAAAUGGAAGCGGAAUUUCGCUGCGAGGUUGAGGUCCGUCGUUGAAAACAGGUGAACAUGGGAAGGUCCAAGUUUCCCGGAAAGCCGCCGAAGACGGCCACCAGGAAACGGAUCAAGGUGCUGGGCCAGCCUGAGGCAGCACAGAACGAUCCGGAACAUCCACCAUUUCACGGAUUUAGCACUAAAGAGGCUAAUCUUUCUGCAUCUUAUAUAAAAACACAGCAACACGAUGCAGAAAAGACCAGCGAUAAAUUGCCGUCUGUCACAGUCGAAAAUCUUGCACCACAGUCCAGCACAAAGAAAGAUGUUAUUGAUAUUAAAAAUACUACAGACAUCGAAAACAGCACAGAGAAGCUUACCGACUCAAAUCCAAAACCAGUCAAAGACAUCACCCAGUUACAACCAGUUACAAAUCCGAAUACUAAACAUACUCCAAAGAUUCACAGAGCUAAAAAUCGUAAGAAUUGUAAGAACAUUAAAUUUUCGAAUUAUUUGAAAAACCCAGUGUUAAAAUCAGUGAACAACAUCUUGGAUCAGCAUCAAAGAACCAGGCAAUUGCGGAACAGUACUGCAAAAAGAUUGCUUCAAAGGGCGAAAUCUAAUGGAAGUAAUACACGUAAUUUGGUGGUGCAAUCUGCAGAGAAGCCUAGCACAGUGAGAAAAUUCAUUUUACCCGUUCGCAGUGUGCAUUCGUCGAGAGUUAUAAAACCAAAUAAGAGGUUUAUAGAGGAAUUGGAAGAAAUUUCUGGUACGGAGCAUAGCGAGAAUGAAAUUGGUGUCCACGUCAAAAGAACCAAAUUAAAUCCGGAUAAGCUUAGCAACUUGGAAUCAAAAUUGAAAGGCGAUACAGUUAGUAAGUUGUGUACAAAAUUUAAAAAUAAAGAUGCAAGAAGCAAGCCGAAAAGGGUGAUUCAGGGUGUAGACUCCAAUGCCGAGAUUGUAAUUCAACCAGUAAAAAAUGUGGAGAAAUCAGUGAAUUCUGUACAAAACGCACAAAUAUCAAAACCAACUCAUAGAGAAGUAAAGAAAUCUCAUACUAGUUCGUGUAAGAAUAAAAUAUCAAACAGCACAUCCGACAAUUCUAAUAAUAAUAAUCAUCAAGAAUGCUCACAAAACUCGAGCAGGACGGCACAAACUGUGAAAUCAACAAUUCCCAGAAAUCAGAAACAGAUUUCUAUUCCUACAAAAGUUCUUCCCGAUUCCAAUGUUCCACACUUCGAGUCUUCCAGAGUUCAGACGAGAUCAGGAACUCAAUAUGAAAUAGCGAGCGAUUUAAGUAAUCAGGCGAGCUUUGAAAGUGGUGCAGGAUUAACAGACGGUGGCUGUACCGAAACAGAGGAUCAGCUUAGAAAUGAUAAUAAGACUGUGGUUAAUACAUUGAACAAUUUUGAGACGGAAAACAAUUUAUCUGAAAGCGAAAGCGAGCACAGCAGUCACUCAGAAGACGAACAAUCAGAUUUCAGCGGAAUGAAACUCAACGGUGGGAAGGUUAUUUUAAGAAAAGCAAGAUUAAAGUUGGAUAAUAAAUGUUUAGCUGGAACGGAAGGUCCGUUUUCAACGACUAACACCAGCAACGCUAUGGGAGGAAAUACUAAUUUAGGAUUAACAGGAACUAUAAAAUGUGGUGUUUGCGGCGCAGUGCGAUUUUAUCGAUUCGUGAAACAGGCGCGCAAGUUUGGUAUUCACAGUUGCGAAUCUUGCCGAAAGUUUAUAAGCAAAAUGAUCAAACGUCAGGCUUGCGCUAAAUCCUCAAACAAUGUUCUUCCCGUUCUCCAAUGUCAUAAAGGCGACGGUCUGUGUUUAGUUCCGCCCGUUGUGAGGAGUCAACAAUGGAAUCUCAUGAGAUGCGUUUAUAAAGCCAGAUGCCCGGCGUGUUGGUUGAAAAUGUGUUUGAAAUGUUACAACAUUCCACCUGCUUUGAGGACAGGUUUAAACGCGUUGUUACCACCAUUAAUGAGAGAUCCUUUAAGUAUUUCUCUACCGCUUGGUCAAGACGAGGACAAUGGUCAAGGCCAAAAGUUGAGCUCGUCCAAACUCAGUUGGCCCGCGGAAGACAGUUCGGAAAGAAAUUUAUUUAAAUCUGCCAUGAGUUGGAAAAAUUUCGAAAUGGGACAGAAGAUGAGUUAUCAGGGUACUGGAGGCUUUCUUUAUACAAAAAUAGAUAAAUUUGAUUCUUCGAUGAGUAUAUCGCCUAAUAAAAAACGAAGGAAAAAUAACAGGAUUAAAGUAAGAAAGAAAAUUAAAAGUCCAGUGCUCGCUUCUUCGUCCGGUAGCCAACAUUCACAACCUCUCAGACAAAGACUCGAGUUGAAAGGACCGAGAGUUAAGCAUGUUUGUCGAAGUGCCAGUGUUGCGCUUGGACAACCGAUUGCAACUUUUCCCACUGCAGACGCAAAAGAAGACAACGAACACGGCAAAAACAUUCCAAAGAUAGUGAAGGAAAUUGAGAGAGUGGAGAAGAGGGAUGAUAUUAUAAAAGAGAAAGAAAUACAGAAGCAUAAUGAAGAUAAUAAUUUAAAUCUUAGCGUUAACACGGCACAACAAUCUCACUCGAGAAGAGGAAAACCGCAACAGAAUGUGUCAACGUUACAUUUUCCAGCGGUAUCUAAGACAGCUAUGGAUACUGUAUAUACAGUUUCCAUAGAUUUCUGGGAGCAAUACGAUCCUUCUGAGGUUGGAGCAAAGGGUUUCGCUCUUAUAGGUUCCGAGCUAUUUCAUAUACCUGCAAUUUGUUAUCUGUGCGGAAGCGCUGGUAAAGAGCCGCUGAUCCACUGUCAAUGCUGUUGCGAGCCAUACCAUGCCUUCUGUUUGGAACCCAGUGAAUGGAACGCUUGUGCACAACCGAAUUGGUGUUGUCCCCGAUGUACGAUAUGUCAAUCCUGCCAUCUCAGAUCCGGUCCGAAAUUAUCCUGCAUUCGUUGUCGUCAGUCGUUUCAUCAUUCAUGUUUGUCAAAGUCCGGCGUUAGCUCCAGAUUGUACAGUCCCGAUCGACCUUAUGUUUGUCAGAGCUGUAUUAAAUGUAAAAGCUGUGGUAGCGAGGGCGUUAACGUUCACGUUGGUAACUUACCUCUUUGCUCCAUGUGCUUUAAGCUAAGGCAGCAAGGAAACUAUUGUCCUUUGUGUCAAAGGUGUUACAACGAAAACGAUUUCGACACAAAGAUGAUGGAGUGCAGUGAGUGUUCCUGCUGGGUACAUGCCCGUUGUGAAGGCCUUUCCGAUGAGCGUUACCAGAUACUUAGUUACCUGCCCGAUUCGAUUGAAUUCACAUGUAGCCAAUGUUCUUCCAAUUCGAAUCCUUCUGUCUGGAGGAAUGCCAUAGAAGCGGAGCUGAAGGCGGGUUUCAUCGGCGUGAUAAAAUCCUUGAGUAAAAACCGCAAGGUUUGCACGGCUCUCAAGUGGAGUCCCAGAAAGGAGUGCCUUUGCAGGCCAGUUUCGAGCGUGAGAAAACUUGAGUUUCCCGAAGACAAGAGCGAGACAAACUUAUGUGCGAAGGAAAACGAAGAAUCGGAAGAGUGCAAUGGUGACAAGUUCGUGGAUAUCGAUUCGAGUUCGGGUGCCAAUAAGCCUGAUUUGGAAGAACAUUCAAUGGACGGUCCUGCCAGAAAAGGUUUGCGACGAUUACGCCAAAAAUUCCAUCUAAGAGAAUGCUCGGUUAGAGUGAAAAAUUGUAUUCCGAAGGACUCUCAGGACAAUGAGAGAAAAGACUGCACAAAUCAAGACUCGUUGGUUGCUUCGAACGAUGUCACGGAAUGCCACUGUUCCGAGCAACAAAUCAUCGUGAGGCCUUCACCCACUCUAAUGUCUGUGAAACGUAAGGUGAACGGUAAUGAGUACAAAUCUCUAUCGCAAUUUCAUUGUGAUAUGGAGCACGUAAUCAACCGUGUCGGUUCAAAGGAUUUGAUAGAAACGUAUCACAACAUUUUACAAGAGGUUUUUCCAUGGUUUAAUCCGAAAAAUUUCAAGAGCAGCGACGACAAUGACGACGCAUUAACGCCUACUAAAGACGUUGACAAAGACAUCGCUCUGACGACAAAGUUUGAUGAUCCUAUUUUGGAGGCAUGGAAGGAAGAGGUGAUGAAAGCGCCGAAAGCUAUCGCGGCAAAAACGGCGAAUCUGUACAACAUUCAUGUUGAGGACAGCAGAUCGUGUUGUUUAUGCAAGGGCUUGGGCGAUGGACACGAGACAAAAGAGGGUAGGCUGUUGUAUUGCGGACAGAAUGAGUGGGUACACGCGAAUUGCGCGUUAUGGUCAAAUGAGGUGUUCGAGGAAAUCGAUGGCUCAUUGCAGAACGUUCACAGUGCCAUUUCGAGGGGUCGUUUGAUUCGCUGUUCCGAGUGCGGCAAGAAGGGCGCGAGCAUCGGAUGUUGCGCGAAGAAUUGCAGCAAUACUUUUCAUUUUCCAUGCGCGAGGAACGUCGGGCUUGCUUUUAAUGACGACAAAACUGUAUUUUGCGUCUCGCAUUCGAAUAGUCAGGCCUACAAGUCUCUGCAGAAUGAGAACGAGUUCAGUUUGAAGCGACCGGUGUAUGUAGAAUUGGAUCGUAAGAAAAAGAAGUUCGCUGAACCCAACAAAGUCAAGCUAAUGAUAGGUUCUUUGAUGGUCGACUGUCUAGGCACCAUCAUUCCGGAAUUCUCUGACACGACUGAGAAAAUAAUACCAUGCGAUUACAAAUGUUCUAGACUUUAUUGGUCCACAGUGAAUCCUUACAAAAUCGUGAGAUAUUACAUUAGGACUUAUGUACAGGUGCAUAUGCCGGACGUCUCGUCCGACAUGGAGAAUAAUAUUACCAUUGACCACAGCAAGGAGCAGGAAAAGGAAGAAAUAUCGACGGAUGCGCAAAGAGUUGACUAUUUGGUUGUCAAACAGACUCUAGAUACGCUCGUCGAUAUCGUGUGUAACAAAGAGGUCGAUGAGAAUUUAGCGGAACAGAACAACACGGAUCUUUUACCGCCGGAACUGAAGGAGGCUAUAUUUGAGGAUUUGCCGCACGAUUUGUUAGAUGGAAUCUCCAUGCAGGACAUUUUUCCGAAGAUGUCGUACGAGGAUUUUUUAGCCAUGGAUUUAAAGAACGAUGGCUCUUUCAACACGGAUUUAUUUAAGGAUGAUAUGUUGUCGUCAGAAGUCGAAGAAACGAUAAAGCCGUCGGAAAGCAAGAUCUCCAAAAUAGAUUCAUCUCUGCUGGAAUUGGGGACGCACAACGAUCUCUGGGUGCGGUUGGAAGCGAAAACCGCGAUGCAGGACCUCAUGGACGACCUAUUUAAUUCAAAGAGCCAGAAACGCGGUGGCAGGGAACUGAAACGAUCUAAAUCCGAGGUGAUGUCGAACAAUCCGCUGAUCGUCGGCGGUCAGAGGCAUCAUCAGCGCUCCUAUAGCCUCACCUGGAGCUGCAAGCUAGACAACACCUAUGGUUCUAACAUAAAAAGGCGGAAGUUGCCACGAAAUCCAUCCAGUACCAAGUCCAGCGAAACCGGUCUUAUUGUUCUUGAUGCUCAAAACGAACGCACGUCCAUGUUUCAUGAAUUGAGAAUCCCGGAGAGUAUCAUGGUCACUGUAGGAAGAGGAAACACGCCUAACAUACUAUCCGACUCGGUGCGCGAGUUGAAGUACUGCAUCGAGGAUUCUGCUGGGCUGAAUCGUCGCGUGUUACCAGCCAGAGACGACGCGAAGGAGCACAAGAGGCUGUUUUGGCAUCCGAGACAGCAGCAACCGCGAAUAGUGCAGGUCGAUGGGACAGUUGAUGCUAAUAGUGCCAGCGAGUGCAGUUCACCGGAGUACAACACCGAGGAAAAAGGCACGAAUCUGCAAACGUCCGAAUCAUUAUCGAUCCCUCAAUUGGACGGCAUCAAUGACGAGCAUUCGUCUGACGCGGGCGAGCCGAACGCGGAGAUGGAACUUGGCUUAUACGCGCGGCCGUCGAAUCUUUUACAUUCAAAGCGUAUCUUUAGCUUCAUUAGAUCGCAUAUGUCAAGUAACUGUGACAAAUUGCGUAAAACGAGGAGUGGCAAUGGCAAUUUUAUAACCGCACCAACCGUUAAGUGCACCUUGCAUAAGACGGCGGAAGUCAUGUUCAAGGAAAAGAAUCUCAAGGUAAAUCUGCAAAUCCCGCAAGUAGACGGUGCAGGUGAUAUCUCGAGCGACGACGAGUGCGUCUCGUCCCAACACAUGAUGACGCAUGAGAGGCUGCUUCAUACAUCGUACGAAUCAUCGCCGUUCGAGGACAUCGAUGUCACCUGCAAGAGAUGUGGCCUCACGUACAGGAACGAGGAAAGUUACAACCGUCAUCUGGACAAUUGCGAUACUAUGAUUACUAGCGAUAGCGACUCGGAGACCAUGGACAACAAGCUGGCGUCGCCAGAGUCGGGGUUUUCGCCGAACAUGGGUUCGGUAUCGUCGCAAUUCAUCACUCUUUCGCCGUCCGAGGGCCACACUUUAACAACCGAUUACACGGAUAUUCAGGCGACGUCACCUAUUGAGGCAUCCGUGGCAUCACCGCAUCCGAGUAUCCAGAUUGAACCGAUCGCUCAGGCGAUUAUAACGCCGCAGAUCCACGCAACACAUGCCACUGUCGAGACUGUACACCAGACAGUAUUAACGUCCAACGAUGUGAUCGUACAGACUCAAUACACCCGUAGGACCACCACCCUGCCGAAUCCAACAGUAUUACCUCCUCAGGAAAGCACAGUGCAAAUAACGGAGAUUACAGACCCGUCCGCCGUCUCCAGUGAUUCUAACGUUACGGCACACGGUAUCGUCAACAGGCCGUUAAACUCGCCGGAUAGCACGAGCUCGCAGACCGUCCCAAGCCCAGAGAUGUCACCCAAUUUUUCGUCCAUGGGCGUGCAGACCGCGCACGAGUCCGUGCAGACAAACGCACAGAUCGCACGACCCUCUUCCAAAUCGAAGAAUUUACGGAUAGCCAAGCCUAAGACUAAGAAUGUUAAAUCGCAGCAGCACGUUUUGAAGAACGUAUUGCAGACGCCGCAAAAUACCGCGCAUAAUGUCAGAUUUCAACCGACGGCGAUGUCAAACGGUCCACCGGUAAUUCAACUACAUCAGACCGCUCAGAGACCACCCACAGUGAUCCUUCAGCAAGUGGCGUCGCCGGGCAUCGUGUCUGCUUACGUGGAGGCAUUACAGCAGCAAUCCGGCCAAAACUUGCAAUACAUAACAACGAUAGGUGACGGGCAGCACGAGGCUGCUUUCAAACCGCAGCUGAUCGCCGCAAAUCCUUUGGUACCAGGCACCUAUAUACAGGCACCAUCCACCGACAAUCUGCUGGCAUUGCAAAAUGGUGGUAUAUCGAUAUUGCCGAGCGUGCAGAUCGCGCAGACACAGCCUACUGUAUUAGGCACCAUCAUACAACAACAGCCCAAUGCGAUCCAAUGUGGCGUCAUAUCGUCGGAGCAGCUGCUACUGAGCUCCACGCCCACCCUAGAAAUGUUCACCGAUCCAACCGGCGGUAUGUUUGUAUCGAAUCAACCGAUGUACUACGGUCUGGAGACAAUCGUCAGCAACACGGUGAUGUCGUCUAGCCAAUUCAUGACGGGCACCGUGCCACAGGUAUUGGCCAGCAGCUACCAAACGACAACACAAGUUUUCCAAGCGUCUAAGCUGAUGGAGCCUAUCGUAGAUGUGCAGACUGUGCCGGGCGUACCUACUGUAACAACGAUGCAGAAUGUAUCGAGUAUGCCGAACAUAUCUGGUGUGCCCAACAUAGCUGGCGUACCUAACAUGGCGAGUAUGCAGAGCGUAAGUGGUAUGCCCAACAUGCCCGGAGUGCCUUACGUGGUGGUGAACCAAUCGGCGCCGUCGCUACCACCGCCAGUACCAACAGCAGCUCCGGCACCGCCACCAGUAUCGGCAUUGGCAGCGGCAUCGAUGCCAGCACCAGCAGCAAUAUCAGCACCAGUAUCAAUAUCAGCAUCAACGUUAUCAGUGGAACCGAUUGCGACGCCGCCGCAAAUCAACAUUUCUGCCACAUCUCAGGAGCGAGCUUACGGUGGCAUCGCGUGCAACGUUGUGACACCGGUACCAUGUCAAAAUACGACCAUAGAGCAUCCGAUGGCAUCAAUUCAGGUGGCGGACGUGUGCUCGUCGGCAAGCGUAAUGACAUCGACGAAGCUAUCACCACCGGCGCUACCGCCACCGCCGCCGCCGCCGCUGCCUCCACCGCCGCCUCCACCGCCACCGCCGCCAUCGUUACCUCCGCCAUCGCCAGUCCUGCCGGCACUGCCACCUCAUGCAAUGCCGACGAUACCCCGCGUCGCUGUGAGACCCAGUCCAGUUACGCAUUCGGUCCAGGCGAAUCACGGAGCCACUUGGAAGUUCACCGAGCCGUUAUUUGGCGCGGAGCAGCCAAUGAGCAACAGUGUACGACCGUACUUCGAUUCGAAACAUGUAUCGGAGAACACUAGCAUGAUCAAGUCCAGCAUAUCAUCAUCUAAGAUACCGCCUCUAUCGAAUCAUUAUGUUGCGCAAAGGAGUAGUCUGGUUGUAAAUCAUAAGUUGAAUCAUGAUGUAAAUAGCGUACAUAAGAGUUAUAGCGGUGGUACCGCGUUGAAUCCGAACUCUAUGAACGCAGGCGUCAACAGUAACGGCCAAAUCGUUGUCUCCAACUCCAACCCCGUGCAGAACAAAAUCACAAUGCCAACGAGCAACAUGCCGACAAGUCGACCGAUGAAUAGGGUGCUGCCGAUGCAGGCGGUGACACUCAAGGAUCCGGUGAAGAAAGACGACUUGGUGAUCGAAGAGCCGACGAAACCGGUGAUCAAACCAGCCGAACCGGAAAUUGUAGAGUCAAAGAGGGAAAUUACCGAGCAGAUCGUGCAAAUAAAAAAACCUGAGACCGCACUCAACAAUAUUAGCGACAAUAUCAAGCUGAAUACAGAGACUAUAGAAAAGGUAAAGGAGAAUCUCAAACUGGAGCUUGAUAAGGAGAAGCUGCAAAACGCCUCGUUGAAGAUAGUACUGCAGAAACAGUUACAGGAUGGUUCUUACAAAAUUACGCGCAACAUGAAGGCGGUCACGCAGAGCAAAAAGACACCUCAAGUAACAUCUGUGGAGAUAUUGCCGUCAAAGCAGGUGCCUCAGAUCGCGUCGUUACAACUGCUGCCGAUCAAAACGUUCACGCUCAAGGCGAAUAAGCUCGAGGAGAAGGUGAAACCCAUUGACGCGAAGGUGAACAUACUCAAGGCAAAAGCACCGCCCGUAGCUGUGAAGAAACCCAGAAUAGUAACGAAAUCGAUCAGACCGCUGCGAAACAAUCCGCAGCAGAAUCCGCAGCCUGCACAAGUGCAGAAAAACUGCUCGAAGGGACCGAUCCUGAUGUAUGAGAUCAAGUCGCAAGAUGGCUUCACCCACACUGCCUCGUCUAUGACCGAGGUCUGGGAAACGGUGUACCAGGCAGUACAGAAUGCGCGCAAGGCCCAUAACCUGUCUCCUUUGCCUCACAAUCCCUUGUCUGAAGGUUUGGGCUUGGAGAACAAUGCGGCUAUCUAUUUGAUCGAGCAAUUGCCGGGCGUUAACAGAUGCAGCAAGUACAAGCCCAAAUUCCAUACGUUGACGCCGCCGAAACCCGACGAGAUGGAGAAUGAGUUGCCGGCGGCGUGCGCUAAUGGAGCGGCACGAGCAGAGCCUUUCAAGGGCAGGAAAGUGCACGACAUGUUCAGCUGGUUGGCAUCGCAGCACAGGCCGCAUCCUAAUAUAAUUGCAAUUUCGGAAACAGAGUCUAGGCGAGCCGCGAGUACCAAUUUGCCCAUGGCAAUGCGCUUUAGAAUACUUAAAGAAACAUCAAAAGCAUCCGUCGGUGUGUAUUAUUCCCAUAUACAUGGUAGAGGACUGUUUUGUUUGAGAGAUAUCGAACCUGGUGAAAUGGUUAUUGAAUAUGCCGGUGAAGUUAUUCGAUCUUCCUUGACUGACAAAAGAGAAAAGUACUAUGACAGUAAGAACAUAGGCUGCUACAUGUUUAAAAUCGAUGAUCAUCUAGUUGUAGAUGCUACUAUGAAAGGGAAUGCAGCUAGAUUUAUCAAUCAUUCGUGCGAGCCAAAUUGCUAUUCGCGAGUGGUGGACAUUCUAGGUAAGAAACACAUACUGAUUUUUGCUCUUCGUCGUAUUAUUCAAGGGGAGGAGUUGACAUACGACUACAAAUUCCCAUUCGAGGAUAUCAAGAUCCCGUGUACUUGUGGUUCUCGCAAAUGUCGCAAAUACCUCAACUGAGACUGCGUAUAUACAGCUUAUCCUAAGCAGCCGACCGAUGACAAAGAAAUAAAAUAUGUGCUAUAAUUGCGCGCGCGCUUUCGAAUAGGAAUUCGUUUUAUUGAAUGUUAUUCAUUUUACUCAUCAUCAAACUAUUUUCAGAGAUUGCAGCUUUUUAUUACUAUAAAAGAACAUAGAUUAUACAUUUUAAAUAUUAGAAGGCCAGACGUAAUACGCGAAGCACGGCGAUUACGACGCGAUAUUACUUUAGCGACAGCUACGUUCCUGUAGUUGAUUUAACGGGAGGGUAUAUUUACACAUAUACCUAUAGCAAUAAACCAUUCGAGUAUAUCCUGCUUUCGUAUCCGAUAAAGUCGUGCGUUUUGUUAACGCGCUUCAGACUUUUGAAAGUGUUAUUUUAUUCACACGCCUGUGCUUUCUCGCACGACUUUUAGACUCUACUCUUAUUAUCUACUGUUGAGGCUUAAGUGUACAAGUUAUCUUACACUUUACACUAAAUGCGAGUGCUUCUCGAGUUCGCAUAAUUCUUGUACAUCUUGCGUGAUUAUAGGUCUUUUGAUGCUUUGAUUGGCUUUGAAAAUAAACUCUUCCCCUUCGAACGAGUAUCGUAAGGAUGAAAGAAAGGAAAACGGUGUCGAAAUACGAGAAAUGAGAAAGCAACGGCUUUUCGACGCGAUGAUCGUUGCUUUCCACACAGAAAGCCACUUAUGUUUCUUUCGAGUCAUAAGAUAAAAAUAACAUAAGUAUGGUGUACAAAUGAUCUUAUCAAGUGCGUGAAUAUAAAAUACGCAAUAAUUGUAUAUUUAAAUGAUUUGUAUAAAUUUUAAAUUUAGUGUACAGUGUAUGACUAACUUCGUGACAUUUCAUGUCUGCUGUAGGGCCAGAUUUCAAAUGUUUUUGUAAAAUAUGUAAUUGUUAGACUAGAUAUAUCGUCUUUGAUGUAAGUACAGCAAACCAGUUUUAACUUAAGUUAGGAAUGUAGGCAUUAAGGAGAGAGAUAGAGAAUGGCAAGCGAGAACAGUCUCCUGUAGCAGGACAUUGUUCGAAGGUAUACCUACUUUGGCAGACAUUGAUACGAUUUUGUGUUUUAUUGUUUACGCAGCAUCAUUGAUAAGAGGAUAUUCACUUUCCAGAUUAAACUAUCUGUUCAUAUGUGAAAAUGAAUAGCGCGAGUUUCGGUAUUAUUUGCCUUUUUUUCCUCUUUUUUUUUUUGUACAUUUUUUAAAAUAUCGCAUCUAUAUUUGUGCUUCCACCUUGCCAAGAUUAUAUAUAUUCAUCGAAUUUAUUAUCCGAAUUCUAUUAUCACGUCAUCUGAAUGAUACGUGAGAUACGAUAUUUUGUUUGACAAAUAUUGAAUAGAAGCGCUAACGAUUUUAAUAAUCCUUUUAAAAGAGUUUCUAUCGAAAAAUCAAUUUGUUCAUCCAGAUCGACGAAGAUUUAUACAAUUGUUUGAGAUAAAACGUCUCUGGGUACGUUCCCGGCGAACGUUUGUGAUAUUUUCCCAUAAUGGGAAAUAUAUUAGAGAUGCUUUUAUAGGAAUAUUUAUAUGUGUGUGUGUGUGUGUGUGUGUGUGUGUGUGUGUGUGUACACACACCACACACGCAUACACACAUACCAUGUAUUCCGUAUCAAUAUAUACCCUUCUGUGAAGUCCAGUUUUGCCUUACUUUUACAUGUACCUACGCUUUCACCCAGUGAUAGAUUUAGAUAUAUAUUUACGCAAAUGAUAUUUUAUAUUCGAAACUAACACAACUACAACGGCGUGGCACGGCGCCUUCCGAUACAACUACAAUGUAUUUUAGCGCGAUUAAUCAAUUUCUGCCGAGGUGGUAGUCCCUUAAAUUUUGGUGCUCCAUGGACACCGUUAAGUGCACUUUUCAUGAAAAAAUGGCCUAGAGUAAGAGAUAGUAAGGUUGCAGUGCGGAAGUGUUUGAUAAUAAUAAGAAAUGUGUUAUAUGAAGAAUAUUGAUCGUGAAUUAUUUAAAGAGGUAAUAUAAAGGAGUGAAAUGGGGAGUGGCAGGAGCGCAUUAUUUGAGCACGCGAAUAAUGUCAAACGUGCUGCGAUUUUAAUCGGCCUGGUUUGGUACAAAGCGCGUAUGCUGAGUUGUAAAAAGUUAUAAAAACGAAGGAAAACCGAAACCUGUUCUGGUCACGUGAAAUUGCCAUUUUUUUAGAUAUUUUGUGAAUCUUUUUUUUUUUUUUUUAAUAUUAUAAUUACCCAUAAUUAAUGACUAUUAUAUUCGAGGAUGAAUAUUGUUAAUAUAAUGAUAAUUAAUUUUAAUCUGUACAUGAAAAGUAAUACGACUAGUAAGGAUGGUAACUUACUUGAAAAUAUAACAAUGUUAGAUAUUUUAUUGAUAUUUAUUGAUUAUGAACGAUAUGGUAUUAGGGUUGACGAAAAAGUACUAACGUAAACUGAACAAUUUAGAACCGGUGCAUAUAUAUGAUAGUCACAUUGAUUGAUACGCGGAUACAAGAAUCAGAUCCUUUUUCUUUUUUCUUUAGUAAAGCAAGCGUGUAUCUUUAAUUCGAUUACAGUUUGAUCGUUACGCUAGAAUAAUUUGGAUGUCAGAAUUUAUUUUGGCUUUACAAGGUGUAUACUCUGUAAGCAUAUAUACUAUGUAACCCGAUUUACGUCGCUAUAUGAUUGUAUGUAAGCCAUAGGCUAUCCAUUAUUAUCUGAUUUCAUUUCUACACUCGCGAAUAGAUUCGAAUUCGCAAUACAUCGUUUUCUUUUCAUUGCUUGUAUCAUCGACGAUUUCUGUAAAGUACCCACGCGAGAAUUUCAGCAAAGGAAGGUACGAAAUAAUUUGAGCGUGUGCUUGUAGCAGAACACGAAAAGCAUGAGAGUGAGAGAGAGAGAGAGAGAGAGAGAGAGAGAGAGAUUUUUACUUGUCUGCUAAUAAUCCUUGCCUGAUGAAUUCGGACGAAUAUCUAUCAGGUGCUUUCUGGAACAUACUCUGUGUCUUUUUAAACUACUCUUUAAACUGCGUGGAAAGGGUGUAUGACCCUCCUUAGUAUUACGCAUUCAGCCUUCAUUAUUAUUAUUAUUAUUAUCGCUAUUAAUUAUAAUCUAUACACACAAAAAAAGGAGAAAGAGAGAAAGAGAAAGCAUAAUACAUCACUACUCAAGUCACUCGUAUAUUUGGGCACAUUAAGCACCGUUUGUUUACUACACCCAUUAGCACCUUUCAAAAAUAAAGCUGCGUGUAAAAAACCGAUAAACAUCUGAUGAACGGUACGAUGAAUAAACUGUUUGUGUAGACUAACAAUAAUUAAAAAAAAA